GGCCCCCCCCCCCCCCCCCCCCCGGUCCCCCCGGCCCGGCACGGCCAGCCGCUCCGCCACCCCCGCAGCCCGGUGGGUGGCUGGGCGGGAGCCGCCGGGGCGAUGAGGACCGGUUCGCGGGUGCUGCUGGUGCUGCUCCUUCCCGUCUGGGGCUCGGCGGCACACAAUGGGGAUCUUACAGUUAGACCCACAUGCAAGCCUGGCUUUUCAGAAGAAGACUACACAGCAUUCGUCUCCCAAAACAUCAUGGAAGGGCAGAAGUUACUCAAAGUAAAAUUUAAUAACUGUGCCGGUAACAAGGGAGUUCGGUAUGAGACCAACAGCCUGGACUUCAAGGUGAGGGCAGAUGGGACCGUGUGUGCUGCCCACCACAUGCAAAUGCCCUCGAAGCAGCUGAUCCUGAUGGUGACUGCGUGGGACCCCCAGACCCUGGGCAGAUGGGAGGUGAUCGUCAGGCUUCUGGUGGCAGAGAAGUCACAACACAAUGGACACAAGCCGAAAGGAAGGAAGACCAUGCCUGGAGAACUGGCGCAGCAGCAAAGCGACACUCUGCUCCCGUGGCGCCAGCACCAGAGCGCUAACGGCCUGCGGCGACAGAAGAGAGACUGGGUCAUCCCACCCAUCAAUGUGCCGGAAAACUCCAGAGGACCCUUCCCACAGCAGCUGGUUAGAAUUCGUUCUGAUAAGGACAAAGAGAUCCAUAUCAGAUACAGCAUCACUGGAGUGGGAGCUGACCAGCCGCCAAUGGAAGUCUUCAGCAUUGACCCUGUAUCUGGCAGGAUGUACGUGACCCGCCCGAUGGACCGAGAAGAAAGAGCUUCCUACCAUCUCCGAGCUCAUGCAGUGGAUAUGAAUGGAAACAAGGUGGAGAAUCCUAUUGACCUUUACAUCUAUGUGAUUGAUAUGAAUGACAACAGACCGGAGUUUAUAAACCAAGUCUAUAAUGGAUCUGUUGAUGAAGGCUCUAAACCAGGUACCUAUGUGAUGACAGUGACGGCAAAUGAUGCAGAUGAUAGUACUACAGCGAACGGGAUGGUGAGAUACCGAAUCGUGACUCAGACCCCACAGAGCCCAUCGCAAAAUAUGUUCACUAUUAACAGCGAGACAGGAGACAUUGUCACUGUGGCUGCUGGACUUGACAGAGAGAAAGUUCAGCAGUAUAUAGUCAUUGUUCAAGCCACAGAUAUGGAGGGAAAUCUUAACUAUGGUCUCUCAAAUACAGCAACAGCGAUCAUUACGGUGACAGAUGUGAAUGACAACCCACCCGAAUUCACUACCAGCACUUAUUCAGGGGAAGUUCCUGAGAACAGAGUGGAGGUUGUGGUGGCAAAUCUGACGGUGAUGGACCGGGACCAGCCUCACUCCCCCAACUGGAAUGCCAUCUACCGCAUCAUCAGCGGAGACCCCUCUGGCCAUUUCACCAUCCGGACAGACCCCAUCACCAACGAAGGCAUGGUAACCGUUGUGAAGGCAGUUGAUUACGAGAUGAACAGAGCUUUCAUGCUAACAGUGAUGGUAUCAAACCAAGCUCCCCUGGCCAGUGGCAUCCAGAUGUCCUUCCAGUCAACAGCAGGAGUCACCAUUUCAGUCACAGAUGUCAACGAAGCACCGUAUUUCCCAACGAACCACAAGUUAAUCAGGCUGGAGGAAGGGGUGCCUACGGGGACAGUCCUGACAACAUUUUCAGCAGUGGAUCCUGAUCGCUUCAUGCAGCAAGCAGUAAGAUACUCUAAGCUGUCAGAUCCUGCAAACUGGCUGAACAUUAAUGCCACAAAUGGUCAGAUCACUACUGCUGCUGUCCUUGAUCGAGAGUCAGACUACAUUAAGAAUAAUGUCUACGAGGCCACAUUCUUGGCGGCUGACAACGGUAUACCCCCCGCAAGCGGCACUGGUACGCUGCAGAUCUACCUAAUCGACAUCAACGAUAAUGCUCCUGAGCUCCUGCCAAAGGAGGCACAGAUCUGUGAAAAGCCAAACCUGAAUGUCAUCAACAUAACAGCCGCGGAUGCUGACAUCGAUCCAAACAUUGGGCCCUUUGUCUUCGAGCUGCCAAGUGUGCCAUCUGCAGUGAGGAAGAACUGGACCAUAACACGGCUGAAUGGCGAUUACGCCCAGCUGAGUUUACGAAUCAUGUACCUGGAAGCAGGUGUGUAUGAUGUGCCGAUCAUCGUGACGGACUCGGGAAACCCCCCCUUGUACAACACAUCCGUCAUCAAAGUGAAGGUGUGCCCGUGCGACGAGAACGGCGACUGCACCACCAUCGGGGCAGUGGCUGCUGCGGGGCUGGGCACCGGUGCCAUCAUCGCUAUCUUGAUCUGCAUCAUCAUUUUACUGACCAUGGUUCUGCUCUUCGUGGUGUGGAUGAAACGCCGGGAGAAGGAGCGCCAUACCAAGCAGCUCCUGAUCGACCCCGAGGACGACGUCAGGGACAAUAUUCUGAAGUAUGACGAAGAAGGAGGUGGAGAGGAAGACCAGGAUUACGAUUUAAGCCAGCUCCAGCAGCCGGAGACCAUGGAUCACGUGCUGAACAAGACACCUGGAGUCAGAAGGGUGGAUGAAAGACCUAUUGGUGCUGAACCGCAGUAUCCUAUAAGACCAGUAAUCCCACAUCCAGGGGAUAUUGGUGACUUUAUUAAUGAGGGCCUGCGUGCGGCCGACAACGACCCCACGGCCCCCCCGUACGAUUCCCUGCUGGUUUUCGACUACGAGGGCAGCGGCUCCACUGCCGGCUCCGUCAGUUCCCUCAACUCCUCCAGCUCCGGGGACCAGGACUACGACUACCUUAACGACUGGGGGCCCAGGUUCAAGAAACUGGCGGACAUGUACGGGGGAGGCGAGGAAGAUUAAACUGACCUCACAUUAUUUAAAAAAAAAAAAAAAAAAAAAAAAAAAAAAAGAAGAAGAAGGAAAAAAAAAAAAACACAAACCCACAGACGACGACAACAUUAACAAAAAGAGCCGAUGCAGAAGCAAGAACUGUACAGAUGUGGCAGCUUUUUUAAUUAAUAUCCCCUGCUGACUGUAUUGUUAUUUUUAGUGGUGAUAUAGGAGGUUUCUUUUUUUUUUCUUUUUUUUUUUUCCUUUCCAAUUUUUUUUUUUUUAGAAUAUUGAGCUGUCUCGCAUGAACACUUGUCUCUGCUGCAGGUUUUUUUUUGUUGUUUUGGUUUGUUUUUUUAAUGUCAGCUGGGAUAUUGCUCGUUUAUCUGCUUUAUGACUAAAGAGAGUGAAAGGCACUCUGUCUUAACUUGAAUUUCUUAGAACAGAAGCACUGUUUUUAAAAUAUAUAUAUAUAUAUAUUUGAAAGUGCCUUUUGGUGCAUGUAUCAGAUUCCCUUCAAUCUCAGGAGUGAUGAAAACAAACAUACAACCAUCCUGGGCAGCACUCCCUGUGACCCUAAGCCAGUACUAGCUGGGAAGGAGUUAACAAAAAGGAACUGUGGAGAUUGUUUCUUUUUUGCCUUUUUUUUUUUUUUUUUUUUUUUUUUUUUUUUUUUUUAAGGGGGUGACUCAUUAUGGGGUGGAAGAGAACGGGAGGUUGGGAGGGGGGGGAAGAUGUUUUGAGUGAAAAAUCUUAACAGCCAUCUUUAAGCCUCAGCAGGUGGUGAACUAGUCAUCAUGUUGUAUAUAAUUCAGUGUUAUCAGAUGCAAAAUACCGACUGGGGGCUCUGCGGUCACCUGGUCACACUCAAUGUAGCUGCAUAGAACUAUAGCAUUGACAAAGCCUUUGGUUAUUGCAACAGAAAUCUCCGACAGCCCUUGCCUAAACCCUACAAAGUAAAUCGUGAAAUGACCAAAGGCCCAUUUGUUUGUUUUUAUGCUAUCGGCGUGUUUUGGCUCCCACGACCUCUUGAGUGAUGUAAAUACCAGCUGGGUUGGGUGGUGGUGCCCCGCAUCUCCGAGGAUGCCUGCGAGCACCACAGCUGAUGCUGCUUUCCUCGCAUGAGGCAGGGGCUGGGUAGCGGCUCCGCUCGAGGCCGAGGCAGUGCUAAGGGCAGGACGAGUUUAUCAGCACUUUUGCCAUCCGUAAGUAUGAAGUUAGUCUAGUACAGUAUUAAUGCCAUGGAGCAUUAGUAGCCAAAGCUCAACAACAUCGUGUAACUCAGCUAAUGUGUGUCCUUUCUAUUUGAUGGGUAGACGCUGCUAUCUGUAGUAAAUGUUUUUUUUUGGAGAAGAAAUGCAACGAGGGCCUAUUAAGUAUCUUGUGGUUAAUAUGCUCAAGCAUUGCCAAGUAAGCAAGAGGUUUUGCAGCAUCCAGGCGUAAUUCAACAUCAGUAUUAUAAAUGGUAGCAUACUACCUAGUUUAUAUGUAGGGUCAGUUUAACCAAUAACAAAUAGUUAUUAGCUUUUUUUAUUACAUUUUCCUUUACUGAUUUGGACUAGUGGGUUUAUGUCUAAUGUUUGUAAAAUGAUUUAGACUGCAUGGAUGUGUAAUACAAACCACAUUUAAUGGAUUAUGAGCCACUUAAUUAAUGUGCUAUGAAAUCUUGGAUUACCUGUGUUUUAUAUUCUGCAGACGAUUUUGCAGUGGGUUCGCUAAAACUUGUAAAAGUGCUUAGAUAUAUUUUCAUUUAAAUCCAAGAAUGUGCACAGUAUUGGGAGGUGAUUAUCCAGGGGAUAAUCACGCUUUUUUUGAUAUCUCUGUUAAUUCUCAAGUUGAAUGCUAAGAGUUAAGGGGGGGCGGGGGGAGCGAGCGCGUGCACGCGAGAACGGGAGAAUGAGAGGACGAGAGCUUGCGGUGAUGAGUGGACAUCGUUUCAGAGGGUAUACUAGGCUGCAAGAUCGUCUCUAUAGAUUUUUGAAAUGCUCCUAGUGCAUUUUAUAUUUCAUUGUAUCAUAUUUUCUAUAAAAUGCAAUUUCUGUAAAUUAAUGAGCAUUUGAAAUGUGUCUUGUAUGGAGUGGAAUGUGGUAAAAAUCAGCCCAAGGGGACUCCAACAUUACUGGUAUGUUAUUAACUACCAAGGAUGCAAUCUUUCUUUUUUGUCUCGGUCAGUCAGUCAGUUGGUCAGUCGAUGAGUCAGUUUGUCCUUUCACGGCUCGGAGGGCCAACACACGCUCACCCAAGUUUCUUGAGGAAACCAGGAGGCGAUGGCUCGGACCCCGGGAGAGGGACGGCUCCGAUGGCAGCAGCAAGGUGAGGACGCUGUGCCAGGGGCACGGGCUGGCAGCACGUGCCUCGGCCGGGACGGAGCGCAGCGCCUGGCACGCUGCCGGCACCUGACGCCUUCCCAAGCUCCUGUUCCGUAGUUGGGAAUUCGGUCGUCUCAUGAAAGUCUUACAUUUGCUUCUGCCACGUUCCGUCCACCUCCUCCUGGCCACCCACGGCAAACCUCGCAGCCCCUGUCCUCCAGCCGCCUGGCACGGGUGGGCUGCGUGGCCUCUGCUCCUUACCCACGGGCACUCUUGAUUCUUCCCCUUUUCUUUCGGAAAAGCCACAGGCUGGAGUACUUCACCAUCCGCGCUUUGCACCUCCGCAGAAGCUGCCCGGUCACGGCAGAAGUAGUGAAUAAUAAAAACGCAGUUAGUGUUUCUCGCUGAUGACUGCCCGUCAGUGUUUUGUGUCUGUCACCGUCACCUCACCACCGACUCAGGAGAAGGACACGGCUCGAGGGCCGGGGCAGUGCCGAUGGUUCUCCAUCCCUUGGGUUGCUGCUGCUGCUGCCUGCCGGCCCCGCACGGCCCCUGGGAUGCUCGUGCAGAUCCCAGCUCGUGCCGCCUGGGUCUCUGCUGUAAGCAACCUUCCGGGCUCCUCUUACCCUGGGAGCAGGAGCUAAAUCCCUGCUCCAAAGCGCUUGGUGCUUGGUGUCUGCUGCAGCUUUGGCCAGGGGGGGUGGGUUUCAGGUAGGGAAAGGGACGGCAGCGUGUGGGACGGCUGCCGCGGGGCUGGUCGGCAGCGUGCAUCGCCCCGCUGUCACCCGGGGGGAUGCGCCAUGCGGUGAAAGGAGCCGCUUGGCCGUGAAGAAGAUGCUGUCAGACUUCAGCCUGUCUAAACAUUUCAAGUUUUUAAGAACAUUUAUGCAACCUAAGUCAAACAAAACUGUUUGAGUGAUUAAAAAUAAACCAACCUAUUUCCAUUGGCAGCUUUUUUUUUUUUUUUUUUUAAAUCAGCAGAUAUUUUUUCUGCAGAAUUUGCAAUCCAGCCAUUCCAACCCCACAAGCCUAUAAAUCAAACCAACUAGUUUAUUGUCUUUUGACCCAAUUCUGCUCAGUCUCCCUCUGUGGGACCUGCUCCUUCUCUUCUUCCUCCUCUUCCUUUUCCUCUUCCUCUCACUCUUCCUCCUCAUCCUCCAACACUGAGCUUUACAGCCCCACAAGAAGCAGCAGUGUCAGGCCCCUUUCCUCGCAGUGGGACCAGAAGAAGGUAAGCGAGGAGCACAUUGAGCAAUGAAAAUAGAUCGCUUUUUGCAAAUCUUUUUACUUGUUGAUAUUACUUAUGAUUUGUGACCCAACUAAGAAAACUUACAUUAAUCCAAGGUGUCCCAUUGAAAAAGUGACUGUGCCAUCACUGUCCCCCCGCUCUGAUCCUCAUGGAUGUGACAUGGCCUUCCCAUUCGCAGCUGGAGGUGACAGUGGCUUGCAUGGAGCCGGGGUGGGGAAACAGCAACUUUGGCUGAACAUACAGUUGCUGUUUUUUCUUGCAGGCCACAGAAGUGGCCAGAAUCCUUGUUCUCUGACUAAUCUAAACUAAAGCAUUAAACUAAAUAAAGAAGUGGUGCCCACAGGUUCAAGGUGGUGGGGAAGGAGCUGCUUUCAGGCAGGUGGAGGGGAGCCGGUGGCUGAAAUACCAGUGUUACCCAGUGCCCCUUAGCACUGCCAGGGGACACCACUGCAGCUCUCCGUGCUGUCUAAGGGACGGGGACAGCGAGGUCCCAGGGUGUCAGGGCAUGCCAGACCCCUCCUCUGGCCUCCCUACUUCCUAGGCAUGAAGAUUGCACAUGCCCAAGCCAGGGACCGUGUGGGUCCAGCAUCACGGCCGCCUCCGGCAGAGCGGGGCCCCGCAGCCCCCAUCAGUCUAUUUAUUACGUAGCCUGUAAACAGGGAGAAGCAUCAGUCACAGAAAUGUUUUGCAAGGCAAUGAGGAGACUCAGCAGGUAAUUAAUGACAGUAAAUAGGCAGGUCUGUUCUAGGUGUCCUAUGUGCUAGUCAUAGUUUUGCUUCUGGUUUUGCAUUUUUUUAUUUUAUUUUAUUUUAUUUUUUGUUGGACCAGGCGAUGCCGUUGGCGGUUGUAAGGCGUUGGUGGGGAGUUUGCUUCCCUGUGGCUGAGCCACUUUGGGCCUCUUUCAAGGGGUUUUUAGGGAUAGCUGGGUCAGAAUCCAGCCUCCAGGAGUAAAUGGGACUUAGGAGAGGGCUGUAUCGCCUGCAACAGCUUCGCAUGGGGUAGAUGUUCGGGCAUUGGAGAAUGGUAAUGGUCAGUGCAGGGUCUGUACAACACAAUAUGCCAAGAUUGCAACUUUGUUUAGUCUCAAAAAACCAUAUUAAAAGUAAAAUAUGGGACUUUUAUUUGUGAUGUCUUUUGGAGCUCUUCAUUGUAAGUGUGAAAAAAAAUUUUCAGGGGGGGUGGGGGGGGAAUGCUGUAUAAUGAUGAAUGCGUAUGUUUAAAACAGCAGCUAGACAACGUAGGUGUCUCCCACGCAAAGUUAACUCAGUUUCAUGGGGAAAAGUUCUUUCCAGUACACACCCACCCCAUAUACAACUGCUCACACAAUGUGUACAUAAUGUAGUUAGUGCUUGAAGCUACAGAUCAAAUAGGGGAAAAAAUAACAACAUAUAGAUGUAUAAUUGGAGCACUUUCUCUUUCUUUUUUUUUUUUUUUUAAUUUUAAUUAUGAUUUUGCAUGUUUCCUUUUACGAUGGAGAAGCUGUGUAGCAGCCCGCAUGACUGUGGUUGUUCUCAAGGAAGACUUCUGCUGUUCUGCUGUAUUCACGCUGAAGCGCAAAAGCAGUUUGCGUCCGUUAACCCAGUUCAAAAACCUUUUUUUGUAACUGUCAACAGCACAAAUAUUUUGUAUUGUUGUUUGUACCAUUUUUGUACCAAAAACAAAAGAGAAAAAAAAAAAAAAAAAAAAGGGAAGAAAGUAAAUGUUUUCAAUGUGUUUUUAGUGCCACUGCAAUCUUGGUUUCCAAACUGAGUGACAGCUUUGCUGAUUUAUUGUGUAUCAAAGCUGAACUGGCGCACUGACGCCUGGCUCCAGUGUAAUAAAAAUAAAGUCCCCCUUUUGAAUAGUC